GGCAUCAUUUCUCUGGAAGCGGAGCGAGGCGAAGGCGCCAGGUUAACCUGCGGCUGAGACGCACUGGCGGAGGAGGGAGAACUUCCAUUCGCUUCCUCUUCUGCGCCUGCUUUGCAUGGAAAGGGAGUCCUCCCCUUCUCGCCGCGCUCCUCCGGAGGGGCAUCGGAGCUUCGCAGCCCCGCAGCUGUGGAAAGAUACGAAUAUAGACUUACUGCCUUGCUAAACCACAGAACCAUCCUUGCAGGCAAUCCCAGAGUUGACCUUUCUCUUCAGAUUCAUGAUGGUGACAUUCACAUUCCUUCUUUCCGCUUUGAUGCUCACUGCAGUACACUCACAGGAACCAGAAGAAACAAUCACAUAUACGCAAUGUACAGAUGGUUAUGAAUGGGAUCCCGUCAUGCAGAGAUGCAAAGAUAUUGAUGAAUGUGAAAUUGUGCCUGAUGCAUGUAAAGGUGGGAUGAAGUGUGUUAACCACUAUGGAGGGUACCUCUGCCUGCCCAGAACAGCUCAGAUCAUUGUAAAUAAUGGUCAACAAGAAGCUGCAGAUGAAUCUGCCAGCAGCCGAAAUGGUAAUCCCAUCAUUCGACGGACCCCUCCUGAUGUUUUGCCAGGUGCUGGUAUACAGUGUGCUUCUGGGUAUGAAAUAAGUGAUCAUGUUUGCCAAGAUAUUGAUGAGUGCACAACAGGCACUCAUAACUGCCGGUCUGAUCAGUUAUGCCUCAACUUAAGAGGAUCAUUUGCCUGCCAGUGUCCCUCUGGGUAUCAGAAACGAGGGGACCAGUGUAUCGACAUAGAUGAAUGUGUACUCCCUCCAUUUUGCCACCAUCGGUGUGUAAAUGUUCCUGGCUCCUAUUACUGCCAGUGUAAUUCUGGUUUUCAGUUAACACCUGACAACCACACUUGUGCAGACAUAAAUGAAUGCGACACCAGCAACCCAUGUGCACAACUGUGCUACAAUAUUGUCGGCUCCUUCCUUUGCCAGUGCAAUCAGGGCUUUGAGCUAAGCCCUGACAGAAUCAACUGUGAUGAUGUUGAUGAAUGCAGAACUUCCAGCUUCAGGUGUCAAUAUCAGUGCAUCAAUGAGCCGGGGAGGUUCUCCUGUGUGUGUCCAGAUGGAUAUCAGUUGGUCAGAGGGAUAAAUUGUCAAGAUAUAAAUGAAUGUGAGGUGGGUAAUGAAUGCCGGGAGGAUGAAAUGUGUUGGAAUUACCAUGGUGGGUAUCGCUGUUAUCCCAGGAAUCCUUGUCAAGAGCCUUACAUCCUGGCGUCAGAAAAUCGCUGUGUCUGUCCAGUGUCCAAUCCCCUUUGUCGAGACCUGCCAUAUUCCAUUGUACACAAAUAUAUGAGUAUCCGCUCAGAUAGAUCUGUGCCAUCUGAUAUUUUCCAAAUCCAGGCAACCACCAUUUUCCCCAAUACUAUUAACACAUUCCGGAUCAAGUCUGGAAAUGAGAAUGGAGACUUCUUUCUGAGACAAACAAGCCCAGUGAGUGCAAUGCUUGUAUUGGUCAAGCCAUUAUCAGGACCUCGAGAACAUAUAAUUGACCUGGAGAUGCUGACAGUCAAUAAUAUGAAUUAUCGGUCGAGUUCAGUCCUGAGGUUAAUGCUAAUUGUAGGACCAUAUUCAUUUUAGGCACUACAACUAUGUCCUUUGUCAACUCCCAAAGCAGCCAAAGAAAUAUCCUCUUAAAUGAAGCACUUACAACUUUAUUUAUAGAUUUUACAUUUGUUUUUGGUUCUUUUUAAGGGAAAAAAGCUUUAUUAAGGAAAUCAGUACUUGUAAUCAUGCUUUUUGCUCAUAUAGUUCAAAGUAGUAUUCAUGUUUCAUAAUAUAACCUGGGCAUUGCCACUUUUUUGUAUAAAGGUUGUAUUCCCCCUCCCUGUAUAACAAUACCCCUGUCAGGCACCUCCCUAUAACAAAAUGUCUUUGCUUAAAUGAUUUUAUAAUAUGUGAUCCUUUUAAUAGGAUGUUACUGUCAAAGAAGAGCUUCUAUGAUUUUUAAAAAAACUUAAAAUCUAUUACUUUUCCAUUGUAAGAUUUAUGGUGUUUAGGUUGGUUUUAAAUAUAGCACUGUCUUUCUAAUGAACACAAGAGCCUGCUAUCAAGCAUGUUCCCCUUCCUGUAAGGGUGGCAUAGAGUUGCUAACUCCAGGGAAGGAAAUUCCUAGAGAUUUGUGUGGUACAGUGUGGGAAAUCUGGAGUUUGCUGAGGGGAGGAACCUCAGCAAGGCAUGGUGCCAUGGAGUCCACCUUCCAAAGCAGCCAUUUUCUCCAGGGGAACUGAUCUCUGUUGUCUGGAGAUCAGUUGUAAUUCCGGGAGAUCUCCAGCCCCAGCUGGAGGCUGGCAACCCAGUCCAUGUGUCCAUUCUUCCCCCGCACCAUGUGACCUAUGUAUACAAUGCAUACAAGACUGUACUAUGUCUACUGAAAUGGCUUCAGGAUUGAGGGGCAUGAGUAAGUCCUGCUGAAACUGAAAUCAAAGGGAUUUCAAUGUGCUUUAUUACUGGCUGCGUGUAGGGUUGCCAGCUCCAGGUUGGGAAAUUCCUGGAGAUUUGAGGGAUAAAGCCUGGAAAAGGCAGGCUUUGGGAAGGAAAGGACCUCAUCAUAAGAUAAUUCCAUAGAGUCCUCCCUCCAAUGCAGCCAUUUUCUCCAGGGGAAUAGAUCUCUAUGGCCUGGAGAUCAGUUGUAAUUCCAGGAGAUCUCCAGUCACUACCUGGAGACUGGCAACCCUAGCUGCAUGAGAUUUGAAGAUUUCCUUCCUCCAUCCCUUUCUCUAUAUGGACUCAGGGUGAUUUUUAGUGACUGAUGUCCCUGGGAGUCACCCAAAGCAAGUUUGCCUGUACCCCAGUGUUCUUUCCAAGACAGCCCCAUAGCUCAGAGGCAUACCUCAUAAGCACAAGAUCCCAGGUUCAGUUUCAAGGGGAUCUCAGGAAGCAGGAUUGGGAAGAACCCUUCCAAGAUUUUGAGAUAGGUGGAUGUGGUCUGAUUCAGUACGGCAACUUAAUAUGUUCCUAUGUGAGGUAAGUUGUACUUUUUCACAUGGACAAGAACGCUGACCAUUCAUUUGUAAGUGAGGGUGGAGGGAAGCCAAAACACUGCACAUGAGGACAUGGAGAAGGCAAAAAUCUACUCCUGGCAGCAGAGGAAAGGAGAACUUAUAUGGCAGUGCACCACUCCAGAAACCCCUGCAAUAUAUAAGCCCUCCCUACAUAUCUGCCCACUCCUCUCUCUUGUCUCGGUGAGGAGCAUUGUGCCAGUAUGUAAUACAUUUGUGUGUGUAUUUCUCUUUUUUAACUGCACUAUAAGGAAGGAUGGCAGUCUGUUAAAAAAAAAACAGUUCCUUAGACACCUAUUUCCUCUUGUAUUGGUUUUUUUUUUUAAUGGUGAUUUAGGAUUAAUGAGCACCAUAAAGAGAAAAUGGUUUGUACUGGGUGUUUCCUGAGCUCUAGAUACUGGGCAGAUCUUUUCUAUUUAAACAUACUACUCAUUAACAUUUUAUCUUUUCCGAGAAAAAUGGGACAUAAGGAGAAAGCUUUGCCAACAAUGAGUGAAGCUCCCAGUGGAAAAGAAAACAUCAUUCUAAGAAAUAUUUCUGUAUGAGUAUUGUUGCUUGUUUAAGAGAACAAUCUUCCUCGUUCCUGAGCAGAGGAAAAAUAAUAUAUGUUUGUAUACUAGGAUGCCACAAUCUAAAAAACAGCUGCUUGUAAGUUGUUCUUUUUAAAAACAUAAUUUGGCUUUGAGUUUGAGUAUUUUCAGAACUUGGAAUCCAAGUGCUGGCUUCCAUUUUUUAAGCUUUCUACAACACAGCAGUUACUUAUUCAUCCUAUAUAUGUUUUAUAACUCAGAUUUGCCAUUCUAAUGUACAGUGUUCAUAAAAUUCACAGUAGAACUUGGACCUAAUGACAUCCUUUUGUAAUAUGUAAAGCCUUCUCGUUUCUUGUGUAAGACAUAAUAUAGAACUCUUCGAUGUACAAAUUUUUAAAUAAAUAGACCUAUCUUUUAAUGAA